UCACCGGCGUGUAUGGUUAUACGCUGGCUGAGUGGUGGAAGUUUUUGAGAGACGAUCCUUUAAAUCAGACUCUUAUUACAUAACAGUGACUGGUCGUGACUUAAGGAAACAACAACCAUACAAGUUGCUCUAUUCUGGAAGAUAUUCCCUGCAGAAAGUCCAUGAUAUUAUAGGAUUUAGUGGAAAGAGUGGACACCCGCAAGUGUGGUCGCGUAUCGGGCGGCGCGAGUCUUGUUUACGGGUGCAGGAAGUUCGUGGAGGGAGUUCCCCCGUUGGAAGUCACCAAAGAUAAGAUUAAUCGCUGUCUCUCGGCAAGGAUCUCCAACCGACCUGUCAUGGGCAACGUGCGGGCGGGCGUGGGCGUCGCGGCAUUGAUGCUGUGGGCGGCAGUGGGCGUGCAGGGUCAUGGCAGACUGAUUGAACCGCCAUCCAGAUCUUCUGCUUGGAGAUACGGAUUCAACACGCCGCCCAACUACAACGACCACGAGAUCUACUGCGGCGGGUAUGCGAGGCAGUGGGGCCAGAACAACGGCAAGUGCGGGCCGUGCGGCGACCCCUGGGACGCGCCGCAGCCUCGUGACAAUGAAGGGGGCGGCAAGUAUGGAAGAGGAGUCAUCGUAAAGAAAUACAAGCAUAGCAGCAUUGUGAACCUUGGAGUCCAGCUCACAGCCAACCACAUGGGUUACUUCGAGUUCCGCCUGUGUCCCCACAAUCAGCCCAACAAGCCUGUGACAAAUGAGUGCCUGGAUCAGAAUGUUUUGCAGAAGGCCGAUGGGUCAGGCUCACGGUAUUAUCCUGGUCCAGGUGCCAAGACUUUCUAUUCAAGAUACCGACUUCCCCUUGGACUGACUUGCAAGCAAUGUGUUCUGCAGUGGCGUUAUGUAGCUGGCAAUAAUUGGGGUAAAUGUGAAAAUGGCACAGGAAUGGUUGGCUGUGGACCUCAGGAACAGUUCCGAUCUUGUUCAGAUAUCACCAUCACAGAAGAAGAUGGAUAUGCUGAUGAAACACCCAGUUAUGUACCAGACUACGAUGAUUACAAUGAAGUUGACACGGAGACUCAGGAAGGAUUACCCAAAGUACCUGAAGACACUGCCAACCAUGUGGGACACAUUGUGGCACUCACCCUAUCCUUCCUGUUGGUUGUGCUGGUCUUGUUUGGUCUCGUUGUAUACUUCUACUGGGCUCGUGAUGCUUUCAAAGGCUUCAUGAAGAGCCAGGCAGGGCGAUGGUCAAAGACUCCUCCACCUGUACCAACCUCCGCUCCUCAAAAGAGCUCUAUUAUUACAAUUUCUGGACCUAUAGGAGCACCUCCACCAGUUCCUCCCCGUCGUCAGCGAUCCAUUUCAGGUGGAGAACCUGCUUUGAAUUCUGAUCAAAAGGAGAUACGAUCGAUCAGUGCUCCCACUAGGGUAACUAUCAAUGGCAUUGCUGUACGUCCUAGUGGUGCUGAUAAUGGCAUUUCACAAGCUCGACUUCAUGUCCCAGAUGAUUGAGCAGUGUAAUAUGUAACCUCUGUAAUAUUAAUACAAUGACUGUUUUGUGUUUUUGGGAUGUAAAACUUUUUUUUAGUGUUACCAUUCCAAUGUAAAAUUACAUUCAUCUCUGUAGUGAAGUUUACUUGAAUAUGUAUAGCAUGAACUCCUAAGCAUUCUUAGUGUAGCUGGCCAGUUCUUAGUUAUAUUUUUAACUACAACCAGUGCUUUGUGUCUGAUACAAGUGAUACUGUCGACUUUUGAAAAUAUGGAAUAUUUAUAAUAUAAUGAUAAUAUAUAUAUGUUCCAAAUUCAACAUCACAAGUGUAUUAUUGUUCACAACCGAAAUUGCUAAACUAAGACCAAGGAUACCAGUAGUUCCUAACACUUAAUGAAAUAAGUAACGUUAGAUUGCACCAAACAUGAUUUUCUCUGGGUAUUAUAUAUUUUGUUUUUGCAUUUAGGCAUUUGAAGCAUUUCAUAUAUUUUACAACGCACUAGGAUUUCCAAGGUUAACGAGGAAUAUUAUUUGAAAAUUAUGUUAAAGAUUUUACUACCAUAGGUAUUAAUUUAAAAUCAUGAAUAUUGUCAAAUCAUUCUUUAAAUUCUUUAAAUUGUAUUAUUCCUGAAGGCAGUAUUCUUAUUCAUUGAAAAUUUUCUGCCAUGUCAUUAGCACUAUAUCCAGAAUAUAGCAGUAGAGUGGGGCUUGGGGGCAAAGCCCCCAGAUAAGGACGCUUGUUGGUUCAUAGGGCAAUGUUUUAUGGACUCCCAGAAUGGUUAAUGAUUAAAACAAAAAGUCAAAUAGCAUUAUGAUAAAGUAUUGUGGUGAAAAGGGUAAAAUAACUUAAUGAUUAAGAUAUUUUAUAUUCAUUGAAAAUUUCUGCUGCAUGUAAGGUCAUGAAAAAGUAUUAUGGCAAAGAGUUAAAAUGACUUAAUGAUUAGGGUAAGUGGAUAGAAGGGGAUGAAGAAAAGAAGGAAAAGGAAAGGGGAAGAAAAGACCAUAAAAAAUGUAUUGAGGUGUGGGCUGAGGUCCAAGGCAGGGGUAAUCCCCUACAUUGGGUAUAACAUCAAAGUGCAUGGGAUUGGGGGUCUGAAGGCAGUAGUGUGAUUUGGGAGUGGAUAUAUUUAUCUACUGAUAAAUUUCUGUCAACAUUUAAAGUCAGUAAUGGCGUAUUCCAAAUAUAGUGAUAGGGUUUGGCUAAGCUCCCUGGAAAGGAUGUCUUUUGGUUCAGGUGAUAUUUGUGGAUUCCCAGAAUGGUGAAAACAAAUGUGGUAGACAUCAAAGAUCAUAUAGCAUUCUGAUAACAUAUUGUGGUAAAAAGGGUAAAAGUGAAAUGAUUAAGAAAAGUGGAUAGAAGAGAAGGAAAAGGAAAAGAAAACAAAACUAGUUGAGGCAAGAACUGAGGCUCAAAGUAAGGGUGACCUACAUUGGGCCUGAAGUCUGCAUCUCCUAAGCCUCCACAACAAUUAACCAGGGAUUGGGGGGUUUGAGGGUGGAGUGUAAAAACAGUAAAUAAAUAUGAAAUGGUCUUUAGUCAUAUAAAACUUUAUAUAUUUUUGCUGGUACAAUUAUUGUAGGCCUUUUGUAAAUAAAGGAUUGUCUUGUUGAUGAUGUAAAGAACUUCAAUUUUGGAACAAUUGACAUUUAUUGGACAUAAAAUUUAUUGCAAAGGUUGUGGAUUAGGAAGGUACCAGUUUUGACAGUUAAAAUAUUUUGCAGUCAAGUCUGCAAUUCUUGAUAAUGUCCUGCUUCACAGAAUGCAAGUGUAAUAUUCAAGAAUCUUCCAGUUGUCCCAUUCCAUGUGUAGUUCUCUUUGUGAGUAGGUUCUUGCAGGCCAAUACUACUAUAAAUUUGUGGAUUUCCUGUACAUGAAAGCCACUACUUAAUGCAUUAGAGAGAAAAGGCUUCACUGCCUUUUGCCAUUUAUGGCUUUAUUUAAUCCAUUUUACUUAGAUUUGUAAAAAAGAAUGCCACCAGUAACUAGCUUGUGGUAAUUCACAAGCGUGAACGGCCAAAUUUGCUGUUGGAUACGAUUAUUGCCUGUCAAACUCGAUGGCAUGUUAAUGAAUGAUUGUUAAGUCAUGUGCAACUGACAUGAAAGCAAAUAUUUUUGUACUGGUGAAGCAAGAUCCCUUGUGAUUCUUGUAAUGUGAUGUAUUCCAGAAUUUAAUAAAUUUCCAUUUAUUA